AGGAGUAUGAAACGUCUUAUGGGUGAACUGGCAACACCAAGGUCGUACUCUCCAGGCAAAAUCGAGAUUAUCAAUGCUGAUGCUAUGGAGAUAUUUCGUAAAUAAUGAGCAUAAAAUAUCAGUAGCUGUGAUGGUAUACGUGAGAUGUAUUGUGACUAUUGUGGGAUAUGCAGAAGUUCAUAAAGUGCUACAGAAUUAAGAAGCGGUACAAUGAAGACUUGUGUUUUGCAACACUCAACGUGCAUUUGUAAUAAAUCUAUCAAUAUUUUCAUGAAAUACAAUUUUUAUUCCAUUGUCAACAGCAUAUAAAUGUUUUUUGAAACUAAUUAAAUUUGGUGCUUCAUAAUUAGG